UCCCCAGCUGAACGAAACCCUCACCAAAGUGCGGGCGGCGGCUCCUGACCUCCUCAUAAUUUACCGAAGCACGCCGCCCGGCCACGCGCACUGCGACCAGCUCCUCGCACCAAUCACUGAGCGCCAGGACGCCUCGUCUCUUCCCAACCACUGGGGGAGCUUGCCGCCCAGAAUGAGUGGGCGAGGCGGCUGGUGAAGGGGGUAGGAGGGGUGUUCCUGGAUGUCGAUCCGAUGACUGCUCUGAGACCUGAUGGGCACAUUCGCCCGCCCUCUGACUGCCUGCAGUACUGCCUGCCUGGGCCCCGGAUGAGUGGACCAGGAUGCUCUACCACAUGCUGCUGGACUUGCUUUGACCUUCUUUUGGUUGACCAGGGUUGAAUUGAUUUUACUGCAUAUGUACCCCCAAUGAGUGGACCAGGAUGCUCUCCCACAUGCUCUGCUUUGACCCCAGUUGACCUGGGUUGACCUGCAGUGACCUGGAGUGAGGGGGUUGUCGUACGAUGUCUGGUCUGGGUUUACACUCGGGAGGGAUGCACGGUACCGGUAGUAUGUUGGACAACCCUGCUGACAUGCACAGUAUUGGCUGGCUGGCCUGCCGUGUUUCCUGCUUUUGUUCGGCUUCUGCUUCUUAUCUGUCAUUCGGAUUACCCACUACUGUGAAAGCUUGCUUAGGUCCUCUUGUAAAGGCAGCGAGCUUCAUUUCAUCUGGGUAACAUACCGUAAACGCUCGGAUAGGAGACCCCUAUGUCUUAUCAUAUACCUACCGACCUAAGAAGUGCUCGGGUCGUACCUCCUUCCGCAACCCUUACAUGCGUUAGCCCAUUAAACGUGAUUGUCCAACCCUCUAAAAAGAGGCUGAUAUUGGACUUGCGGCAUGUCAACUCAUUCCUCUCGGUGCGUCGUUUUCGAUACGAAGGACUUACUCGCGUUCCUGAUUUGGUGCAAGAAGGCGAUUGGCUAUUCACCAUCGAUCUCAAAUCUGGGUACCACCACGUCGACAUUCACCCCGCCUUUUGGCGGUUUCUCGGAUUCUCCCUGCAAGGGCAGGACUACCAAUUCCUCUCCUUGCCUUUCGGACUGGCUACAGCGCCAUUUGUGUUUACCCAGUUAAUUAAGCAACUCUCCAAACGCUGGCGUAGUCGUGGCAUCCGCCUUAUUCCAUACGUCGAUGAUAUCCUAUUCAUUAGUGCCACUCGAACAAAGGCACUUCACAACCGCUCCAUAAUCAUCGCCGACCUUGCAGCCACGGGCUUCGUAGUGAAUUUCAAAAAAUCACAACUCGCGCCGGCACAAUCUUUGAAGUUCUUGGGCCUCUUGAUGGACACGCGCACCACCACAUUCUCU